AUGAAGGAACCCGUCGCUUACAAUACUUUCUUUGUAACGGAGGAAGAUCUGAAAUCUGUUCCACCGUAUAUGAAGGAUACUGCACUGACGCCACAAGAAGUCAAGUGCCCGACCAGUGGUACCUGGCCAAAGUGGCUUGCGGGCGAAUUCGUGCGUGUCGGCAACUAUAAGUAUACAAUCCCUCUUGCUGAAGAUGGCUCCAAGCCCAACGCCGUCCUGCAGCAUUUUUUCGAUGGAUUAGGCUCUCUACACAGAUUUCGAUUUGCAAAUGGCGAAGUUCACUACAACAGUAACUCUAAUACCGAGGGCGUUCUUCGCAACGCUAAACGUGACGGCAUUGUCCCUGAAGUAUGCACAAGACCCGUGCUCAUCACUACUGGGGGAAUCGGCCACCUAGCGCCUGAUGAAAUGAACCUCCAAGUAAUGCCCCGACGAGGUAUGCAUCUUGCAAAAGAUGAUAACCCGCAUUCCCGCGGGACGGCAUCGUCAAAUCCGGAGGAAGAGGAGAUUAUUGUCCAUACCGACUACAAUUUUCUUCAAGACUGUGAUGCGAAAAGCCUCGAGCCUAAGCGUCUGAUAACCUACGCAACUAUCGAUCCUUCGCUGGCUGGAUUUGGAAUUUGUGCUCAUCCUCCCAAGGACCGAAAACGGGGGUUGACAUUCAACUAUGUUAUCUCCGAGAAAAGAGAAUUGUCUGUCUUUGCACUGAAUUACAAAGGCAAACCAGCAAGUCUGGUCUGGAAAACUAUCUUGCCCUGCCCGCCCUGUCAUAUUCAUUCCCUGGCUAUUUCUGAUAAAUAUGUUAUCUUCAUUCGCAAUCCACUCAAUAUGGAUGUCAGUGAUAUGAGCAAGCCAGUCAUGGAAAUGAUUGAAUUCGAGCCAGGAGCCAAAACGCUCUUCUUCGUGCUUGACAAAAAAGAUGGAAAAAUUGUCGGAACGUUCGCAGCUCCAAACUUCAUGUUCUUCCAUUCUGUCAAUGGGUACGAUUACAUCGAUCCCCAGACCAGACUGGAGAAUAUCCAUGAGGGAACACUUGUCCGCUAUGAAUUGGCUGGUGUCAACGACGCAAAGAAAUCCGACAAAGAUGAAGGCAGGGCGACUGUUGCACAAGGCUUCCGCGAUUUUCCUAUGGAACUACCGCGCAUCAACAAGACUUACUCAACCGUUCCUUUCUACCGAUACGUGUAUGCUACUGGCGGCAAUGGUGGUCCAUCACCCGGUACCUUGGUUCCAGUGGGUCGACUUGGCAAGAAUCUCAAAUGUGUACAAGGUGCAUUCUUCAACCGAAUUGCUAAGGCAGAUUGGCAGACAGGCAAGACCUGGACUUGGCAGCCUGAGAAUGGUGACAGUUGCCCAUGUGAGCCUGUUUUCAUUCAGCGACCGGAGGCUGCUGAGGAGGACGAUGGCGUUGUUCUGACCAUCAUUAUUAACCGAGGAGGUACACAUAGUAUCCUCGUUGCACUGGAUGGAAAAGAUUUGACCCAGAUUGCAAGGGCUGAUAUGCCUCAGGUUUAUGGCUUAGGUCCUCAUGGUAGCUUUAUUGAGGGAAAGGGAAUGUAUCCAUAG